AUGUUCCUGCUUGCGUAUUGCGCAAUUCAAACUAACAUGGCCGAAACAUCAACUUACACAACAAAAUAUGAUGGAAUUGAGCUGAAAGAGAUUCUGUCUAAUGAUCGAAUAUUGACUAACUAUGUACGCUGUCUAUUGGACGAAGGACCAUGUACACCGGAUGGAAAAGAGCUUAAAAAAAACCUCCCGGACGCUAUAGCCAAUGACUGUGAAAAGUGUACUGAAAGACAGAGGACAGGAGCAGAUGAAGUGAUGCACUAUCUCAUCGAUAACAGGACUGAUGACUGGCUUAAGCUUGAAGAAAAGUAUAAUUCAGAUGGCAGCUACAAAAUUAAUUAUUUGAAAGGAAAACAAAAUGCAGAAGAUAAAACAAAUGUAAGCACCAGUUCUGAGAAUAAAAACAGUACUUUGGAACAUUAA